AAUUAAAUUAAUAACAUAGCUGGUGAUAAACUCAGUUUAUUUAAAAUAAUGAUAACAUGAGAAUCAAGAUAUUAACCAGAUUAUUUUUAUCAAAUUGUAAAUGCGUUCAUAAUAGCUAACAUCAGCGAAACAAAAAUGCCUGAAAAAGUUAGCUUACUUAAUAAAUACAUUACAAUUUUUUUAGUUGUGUCUGGUUAUUGGAUUAUAUCUAUUUUAACAGUGUUUGUUAAUAAAGCACUUUUAAGUAGCAUUGAAUUGGAAGCACCAAUGUUUAUCGCUUUAUUCCAAACAAUGAUGUCUGUUUUUGUAUGUUACUGUAUGAAAUUGCUAAGCAAAGUCUUUCCAUCAUAUUGCAAUUUUCCGGACUCAAGUCCUUUCAAGAAAGAGACUUUGAAGGAGGUUUUUCCAGUUUCUGUGUUGUUUACCAUGAUGAUUGCAAUGAAUAAUUUAUGCUUAAAAUACGUUUCUGUAACAUUUUACUACAUAGGUAGAUCGUUGACUACAAUAUUUAAUGUUGCCUUCACUUAUCUAAUUUUGGGCGAAAAGACAUCUGGUAAAUGUCUCUUCUUCUGUGCAGUCAUUAUUCUUGGGUUUUAUUUAGGAGUUGAUCAAGAAAGUCUUGCAGGAAGUUUAUCUAUUAGUGGUACAAUAUAUGGAGUUUUAGCAUCUCUUUCGCUCUCCCUGUAUUCAAUUUUUACGAAAAGGGCAUUACCAUCAUUAAAACAGGAAGUUUGGUUGUUGUCUUAUUAUAAUAACGUGUAUUCAAGUUUUCUGUUUGUUCUUUUAAUGCUUACAAAUGGAGAACUUUCCAAUGUCUUAGAGUAUAAACGACUUUAUGAUUACACGUUUUGGUUUAUAAUGAUAAUGGGGGGCAUCUGUGGUUUCUCAGUUGGAUUUUUUACUUCCCUUCAAAUAAAAUAUACAUCUGCCCUAACUCACAACAUUUCGGGAACGGCGAAGGCGUGUGCUCAAACUGUACUUGCCACUUACUGGUAUCAAGAAAGCAAAUCACUUUUGUGGUGGUUUUCUAACUCAGUUGUACUGCUAGGAAGUGCAGGGUAUGCCAGAGCAAAACAAGUGGAAAUGGAAAGGAAGCACAAAGAGUCCCUAAAUUAUGAAAAACUUGGCAGUUAAUUGUUUUGCUGUUCAUUUUAAGAAAUAAACGAUUUUUGCAGUUAUCUACUUAAAGUAAUUCCUAUUAAGAAAAGAAUAAAAGUGUCUUAAUUCAAUAUUCUGUAAAGAAAUAUUGAUGUAUUUUUGAAUUUA